AUGUCACGGCGAUCGUCCAUUGUUCGCGCCGAGCGCUCGGCGAACGUUGCCGAACGCGCGCCGCCGCAUCUCUUACGAACCAGUCCGAAUCGGAACACGACGCGGAGCGCACGUCGCUCGCUCGGUGCACCCGCCGCUAAACACCUAAACCGAGUGAAUAUUAACCUGUUUUGUUUUUUGUUGGCUGACGACAUCUUCAAACGCUCCGCGCAACUGGCCCUCGGCGCGGCGUGGUGCUGCGCGUGCCCGUGCCGCUAUACUACCUCCAACAAAUGCGUGUACUGUAGGUCGGAAAUGAACUGCCAAAAGGACGGAGCCCAGUGCAAAAAGUAGCGGAAUCGUCUGCAGCGACUCGACCGACUUCGGAAUCGCCGCGGGCCGGAACUCUGUCGCCGUGGAGUUUGAUAUAACUGCAGCUUGCUUCUAGAAGGA